AUGCACGCCGGCUGGUCACCCCAAUUGGGAGCCCUGCUCAGCUCAGCUCCUCCGGCGGCCAGGCGUGCGCACGGCCACUGGACAUUGCGAACGGGAGAGGGCGGGGAGGGUGCUCUGGCUAACGGUACGGUCUUCACCACGUUUGAGUGCAAGUACGUCUCAAGUUACGAAGCGCGCAUUAGUCAAGAUCAGCUGAAAAUGAACACUACGUUGGACUUGAUUCAGGCAAUCACGGUGGACGUUUGGGCGAAGGUCAGCGUGGGGCAAAGAGAAGCCAAGAACGGCUACCGCAAUAUAUUCUCGUACAACGUGAACAUCUGCAGCUUGAUUGGGAAGGGCAAAGGCAUGGGUAUCUUCCAGAUUUGGGUGCAGAACAUCUUGAAGUACUCGAACAUGCCGCGAGCCUGCCCCAUUGCAGAGGGCCACUAUUACUGGAGGAAUCUGCGACCCGACAGGGACAGCAUACCCGCCUUCCUGAUGACGGGAAACUUUCGCAUUGAUGUCCUGUUCUAUAUGCGAGACUGGAGCAACGAUAUGCUAACGAACACCACAGUGUUUGUCGAUAUUAAAAUGAAAUGA